UUUGAUAUUCUGCCAGCAGAAGCGUCUGCCUCACACUUUUCCCCCACGUUCAGUUCCUGGUUCAUUUUUCCUGUUUGCGAGUCAAGCGAGUGUUCGUCACUUUUGUCUUUCUCUGCGGGAUUAAAAGUGGCAAACAUCUUUUUGUUUCGCGCUGACAUCAUGAACUUGUUUUUAUUCUUUCUUCUGGUCGUGCAAAUGCACAGCGUGACGCCUGUGAUUCACACGCUGCAGUAUUUCCGCACUGUGUCCUCUCAAGUUCCAAACUUCCCAGAGUAUGUGAGUGUUGGUUAUGUUGAUGGAGUUCAGAUUUCUCACUAUGACAGCAACAGCAGGAAAGCAGAAGCCAAACAGGACUGGAUGAACAAAAUCACAGCAGAGGAUCCAAAAUACUGGCAGAGACAAACAGAGAUCAAUGUUGUUAGUGAGUUGAUUGGCAAACACAACCUUGAAGUUCUUAAGAAGCGUUUCAACCAAACUGGAGGUGUUCACAUUCUCCAGUGGAUGUUUGGAUGUGAAUGGAAUGAUGAGACUGAUGAAGUUAAAGGUUGGUAUCAGCAAGGUUAUGAUGGAGAAGAUUUCAUAUCGUUGGACAUGAAGACAUGGACAUUUACUGCAGCAAAACAACAAGCUUUCCCCACCAAACUCAAGUUGGACCAGGACAAACAUCUACUAGAAUACUAUAAGUUUUACUACACUGAGGAUUGUCCUUCUUACUUGAAGAAGCAUGUGAACAAUGGGAAGGAGGUCCUAAUGAGAACAGAGCUUCCAGAGGUGUUCCUGCUCCAGAAGACGCCGUCCUCUCCGGUCAGCUGCAUGGCGACAGGUUUCUACCCCGACGGUGCCGACCUGUUUUGGAGGAAAGACGGCGAGCAGAUCUUCGAGGACGUGGAGCACGGAGAGAUACUCCCCAACCACGACGGAACCUUCCAGAUGUCGGUGGCGCUGAAAGUGGAGGUGACGGCCGACGUGGAGGGCAAGUACGAAUGUGUGUUUCAGCUGUCAGGCGUCAAGGAGGACUUGGUCACCAAGCUGGAGAGAAGAAGCAUCCUGAGCAACGCAAGCCAUGAAGACAACUUGAGCGUCGCCCUCGCUGCCACGGCGGCGGUCCUCGCUGUGGCGGCCAUCAUCAUCAUCAUCAUCAUCAUGGUCAUGGUCAGGCGUCACAGAAACAGACAAGGUGAGGGACGCCAAUGUCCUCUGUCUUCUUCUUCUCGGUGCACUCGGUCCAGGCCGUGAGUUGAUGCUUUCAUCCGGGCUGCAAAGGUGCGGCCAUCUUUUAGUUGCCUUCCAGCCAAACACUCAAAGAUCCACAGAGACAGAGCGCACACUCUCACGUAGAAACACGGCGUGACGUGAGGGGAAAAGUCCACUUCACCUUGUUUCUCUUUCAUUUCAGCCCAGUACGAUCCAGCUGGUAAGUAAAACAUCUUUUCUUUGAGCCGCAAGAAACAAAGCCGUGGUGAAGCGUCACUCACAUGGAGGUCUGAUGUGGACCUUUGUUACAAGUUUAGCCGGAAAAACCCAACUGGAGCUGACUCCUUCACAAUAAAAGUCCCUCCUGUGAGCACACGCAAUACAAAGUCUGGCAUAUCUCACUUUUGACAGGAGUCCUCAUGAUGAGGAUCAGCCAAAUGAGACAUCAAGUGUGCUGACUCGUCAUGUUUCCAAGUCACACCUCAAAGAUCUGAUGUGAGUGACGAGGCACCUUCUGGAUGUUCUUCCUUCACCGUUUGCGUUUGUCCCGCAGCUCGCCACGGCGGCGUGGAGCUCGACGAGAACGUGCAGGCGGCUGAAGGCUGAGUAAGCUCACAUGGACUGUCUGCACCUCCAAAUGUUCUUGUGUGAAGAUGAUGUUCAACUUGGAUUCACCUGCUUCUGUCGGGAAUGUGCUGAGUGGUCUUCUUCCUCCAGGAUGCUUUGUGCACUGGAACACAGGGAGAUGUCUCCAUCGCUGAGGGACGUCAUCACACUCGGAGAUGAGAUGGAGAUGUGCUUUGUUCUUCGUCCGACUGCUCCUCACGCUAUUCCAUGUAUUCUUCUUUGGCCGUUAAAAGACUUUCAAGAUCAAACGUUGGUGGCUGUAAAAUCGCACGUUUCAUGGCCUUGACGUCAUGACGAGGAUUUCUUCUUUUCUUUCAAUGGCCGCUGCUUAUGAUCAAUAUCACAUUGUGUCACAUCUCUGUCAAUAAAUCCGUUUUUUCUCCA